AUGUGCGAGGUAGAUGUGAAAAUCAUCAAACGAACUCAAGAAACCCUUGGAAAGUUAAUCAAAAAGCCAGUCCUUACUGAAAAACUUUUGUCAAGACCUCCAUUUAGAUUUCUUCACGAUAUAUGUACGUCAGUUAUUAGGUCAACAGGAUUAAUGAAGGGUUUAUUUAACUCAGAAGAGUUGGAAGCUGAUAAUGUCAAAGACAAAGACAAAAAGUUGGCAUUUCUUCAAAAGUUGGUAGAUUUCUUGUCGGUAGUGCAUGAACGAACUAUUCCUGUCAGAAUAAUGAGCAUUGUUGCUGGUAAGGAGGCUGAGAAAACGAAUGAGAUGCUGUUUUUACUAGCUGAAGCUGUCAACAAAAAGAUCAACAACGAAGAAUAUGUUGCCCGAGUUCUCCAAGGAAGUAAAGUCGAUGAUGUUAAAUCAAGUGCUGUUGGAAAGCAAGUAUCAGAAACUAAGCAUUCAAAAAAAAAGCCUGGUAUGGAGUCAAAGUUCGUGGAUCAUCGAACAAAGGUGACUCAAAGUCACCGGAAAAACAAGUCAAAUGGGGAAAAAUAA